AUGGAAUCGGAAGCAAGGUUUGAGGGAUCAUUUUUGAAACCAUAUUUAUUGCUCUUUUUCUCAGUUCCUGUGCGGCAGCAACUAUUUUCGCCGGUGUUGCAGAGGGUAUAAAAACAAAAACAAAAAAGUGAAUCCGAGUUUUUAACAGGUUUUUACGGGCGACCAUGGACCUUUGAGCAGAGAAAACAUCUAUUUGGUCGUCUGAACCGUCUUGGCUUGAACACUUACAUGUAUGCUCCAAAAGACGACAUUAAACAUCGUUCCAACUGGAGAGAGCUUUACAACGACGAAGAAAUAAGUAAGUUGCCCAAUUAAAAAAUGUUCAUUUUUCUACUUUUGCAGGUAUUCUGGGUGAACUGGUUUCUGCUGCCAAGGAAAAUAAUAUCAUUUUCAUUUAUGCGCUUUCUCCUGGGUUGGACAUCGGUUAUAGCAACCCGGAAGAAGUAGAAAAAGUCAAAAAGAAGUUUGAGCAGGUUCGCUUUAUUUAUUAUCAAACAGAAUUUUUUCGAUUAUCCUGAUCUUUCUUUAAAAACAAUUGUAAUUUUGAAUUUGAUGGCGAAUCCGAGUUUUUUUCUGUGUCACGUUUCACACCGUUCCACCGGGGUGUUGAAAGCUGUGAAACUCAUUUUCUUACUUUUAAAUGUCAAGUUUCAGGUGAAAAAUGUUGGUUGUACUUCGUUUGCCUUGCUUUUUGAUGAUAUCGAGCCAAAAAUGAAACCAGCAGACCAAGAAAAAUUUGAAACAUUUGCGGACGCUCAUGUAUGCCUUUUCACUGAGCAUCAUCUAUUUUAUCAGAACUUCAGGUUGCUGUUACAAACUCUGUAUACGAGUAUCUGAAUCCGGACCAUUUUCAGUUUUGUCCAACAGGUUUUUUCUCAUUUUAUAUUAUAAGUUUUUUAUAACAUUGAUUAUUUCAGAAUACUCGGAAUCGCGUACUAUUCCAAAGCUCAAAUCUUCAGUUUACUUGAACACUAUUGGAGAAAAACUUCACAAAUCAAUCGAUAUUUUUUGGACAGGUGUUGAACUCUUUCUAGAACUUCUCUUGAGUUUAUUUUUAUCAGGACCUCACGUGGUUUCUCGCGAGCUGACUGUGGAACAUUUAAUAAAAGUCGGCAAAGUUUUCCGUCGUAAACCUUUUAUUUGGGACAAUCUGCAUGCCAGUGACUACGAUCCGAAGCGUAUUUUUAUGGGACCUUUCAAAGGUUUGUUUAAUGGGCUGAAUAAAUGAAAUUCCGAUUUUAAGGAAGAUCGGUGCUGAUCAAGAAUCACAUUUCUGGACUAUUAAGUAAUCCAAAUUGCAAAUACGAAGUUAAUUUUGUUCCAUUCAACACUAUGGCCGAUUGGUUCCACUGCGUUCUCGAUUCAAAUGAUGACGGUUUGCUUUUUUUUUUCUUAUGAUUGUGAAAUUUAUUUUUACUCUCACAUGUAAGUAUAAAGUCAAAAAAGCACCUUUACAGAAGAAGAAGAGAUGAUACAAGGAGAGGAACUCAUGUUUUAUAACCCCGAAAAAUCAGCACAAGCGGCGAUUGCCACUUGGAUGCACGAGUUCCAUUCCGUCAACGGCCCUAGCAUCCCACCGUGAGAAUAAACUUGUCAAUAUUCAAUUCUAAUAUUAUUUCAAGUAUCCCGAAAAUUGACGAGAACAUAGAAGGAGCCGAUCUGUAUCUCGAAAAACAGAAGGGUGAGAGGCAAAUGUUUUCUAAUUUUUUCAUGAUAGCAAUUUUCAGCGCAAUUGGCUAAUGGAGUCCUGAGCCAAGAAAAUUCCUUCCCGUUGGAGGAAAUCAUUCAAACACUGGUUGCUCCUGAAAUUGCAGAACAAAAUUCAAUUGUGAACUCCCUCUCAGCGGAUUAUGCACAACCCAUGGAGGUGAGGGAAAACAGUUGUUUUUGACGAAGUUUUGUAUUUUCAGCAAGACGAGAGCCCGAUCCCUGAAGAAGAUGAACUUGUUGAAAAUGUUGAAAAUUCUUCUGACGCUGGUAGCACCACGAAUCGCGAUAAGUGAGUCAUCCAGAAGAAAAAUCUUCAAACACAUUAAAACAAUUUCCGUAGGAUCCCGACAAUCAAGCAUAUAAAUAUGCUAAUAGAUCUGUUCUACUUGCCUUUCGCAAACGGCCGAGGUGCAACGAGGCUGUACGAGGAAUUCGCGUGGCUGUAUGAGAACGGAGUUGUUAUGAGAACCAACGACGACGCUGGAUUUAAAAAGUGUCGUUUAUUCUAUAAUAAAAAAAGAUUUCAAAUUUCAGCAAAGCCGGCGUAAUUAUCAAAAAGGAGGACUGGUUGGAGCAUUACAAAUUAUUUUUCGACAUGGUUCAAGCUGUGGUCGACAUUUUCGCGGUAUUUUCGGAAUGCACUAAUAAGGUUAUCUUCAUAUAAAAUCUUAAUCUGUUGAUGAUUUUUCAGACCUUAGUUUCUGAUUUGAUUCCUUUUGUCUGGGAAGCGCAUGGAGUGUUAAUGGUUCUUCUCGGAGUAAUACGGUGGAUCAGAAGCGGACAACUAAAAGUAGUACCAGGUUUUCACAGCUUAUUAAAGUUUUUCCAAUUGACUGUAAAAAAUUUUCAGACCCUGUUUCGGCUUUCUGGUAUUGUCAAAUCGACAAAGAGCCGUGGUCUUCAGCACGAGGUCUCUUUGAGGACUGUAUCCGGUAAAAACCGAAUAAGUUCCCAUGAUGAAUUAUUUUUCAGUCUUCUUGCUCGCGAUCAAAAAGUUAUGGAUCUAUUUCGUAACAAAAUUCUGCUACCGCUUUCAAUCGUCACCUACGAUAUUCGACCUUGUUUUUCGACCGACGCGGUUCGAAUGCAUUUUUGAUAUGAACUUUUAAAAAUUUACAGAACUUGAUAAGAGAGCUUGGCAUGGAAAAGAAUUCUGAAAUGGACAUGAAUAAAAAAGAACUCCAGGGUGAGCUUUUCGUAGAAAGGUAACACUAAAUUUUCAAAACGUGCUCAUUGUUUCUGUUUCCAGAGAUUAUGCACCAUUUCUCCAAUUCGGUUCAGAAUAUAACUUUAUUUGCGAAGAAAUUGUCAGAGGAGUCACCGAUACUCGAAGGGUUUAAUCAAAAAAAGGGUCUGUGUAGAAUUCAAAUUUCAGCCGAUCUGUUUUGCCGUUGCACAUUCCAACGGUAGCCUUGUGCAGGAAAACCUUCCUCUUUACUUGGAAAGAUCUAAGAGAAUGUUCACGGACAACUGUUUGAAGGAUCAUACGGUUUCCUGGUUAUAUUUGUCAAUCAAACGAUUGAAAUCAUUCAGACCGUUGGUGAUUGGUUUCCUCGAGUUGCAGCCGACAUAUUCAUUCAGUAUCCUGCUUGGCUGAACGUCCGAUUCGAUUUGGAUCCAUUCGAUGCUGUUCCCAUGCGGAGACUCGUCCAAGCCGUUUGCGUUACUUUGGCUAUGAAUGGUAUGUUUAAUCAAAUUCCUAUCGUUUGCAUUCGUGAAAAUGUUGAAGAGACAUUGAAAAAUGGGGUAUUGGUCAAUUUAAAUAUGCUCACAAAAAUAAGUGGUUUUGACUUUAACUGUCAAAAAAGAAGUGCAACGGUGUCCACACAAUUUGUUUUGGACAUCGGAAGCAGAAAUUAAAUUUUUUAGAUUUGAAAAGAAGAACAUGCUGUUAAAAUUUAUUUCCGUAUAACCUUUCUCAUGAAUUUAGAAGUGAAAGGCGUAUUCUGUCCAAUCCCGGUGUCGGAGACUGAUCGCCUCCAAUUUUUCCUUCGCAUCGGCUUCAAAAACCUUGGGCUUUCCGAGUGUGAAAAAUUCGUUCUCGUUGGCUUGAAAAUCUUUUGGACCAUUUUUGAGAAAGAGGAGCCAGUGGAAAAUACUGAAGACGUUGAAGAAAGUAGCUCAGGUUCCGAAAUGUCAUUCGACAUACUAGCUAAAUGA